CUCUCUCUCUCUACUCAAUUUUAAGUCUUUUUCAUAAUUUAAAACUCUGCAUGUUUUGUCCACAAGCACCACUAUAUAUUUAGCAACAUUCACAUGGGACUAAACUCAAGAAAAACACAUUCCUCAUUCCUCUGUUUUCUAUUACCUCAUGCUCUAAAGUUCUCUGUCAGUUCAACAUACCAAGGAACAGAAGAACUAUAGGUAGAGGUGAAAAUAUACUACAUUGUUACAGUGACGGAACCAGAAUUUCGAGAUGACGGAAUUAUAGUGGGAUGGAAGGUGUGAGGAAUGGAAGUUAUAUUGAUCAUAGAAGAAGAGAGCACCAGUGUACACAAGAGUAGAGACAGAGUUUUCUAAUAGGGUGGACUCUAGCUGUGUUAAUAAUAUGUCCCAAGUCAUAUCAUUUGUUGUCUUGUUUCUUUUUGUUAGUUGCUCUGUUUCCCCUGUCUUUUCAUCUGCAAACAAUGAUCUUCGUCAAGCAAAUCAGACUUUUAGACCCCAUGAAGAGUUGCAGAAGCUCAAGAUUCUCAUGAAGAUCAAUAAGCCUUCUGUUAAAACAAUUCAGAGCCCUGAUGGUGAUUUGAUCGAAUGCGUUCCGGCUCAUCAGCAGCCAGCUUUUGAUCACCCUCAGUUGAAAGGGCAGAAGCCAGUGGAUCCGCCGGAGAGACCAAAAGGCCACAAUCCAAAGGGAACAUUAUCUGAUGUUUAUCAGUUGUGGCAUAUGUCAGGUGAAGCAUGUCCAGAAGGGACUGUUCCGAUCAGAAGAACAACCGAAAGUGAUUUAUUAAGAGCUGGUUCUUUCGAAAAAUUUGGAAGAAAAUUUACAAAACCUGUCCAAAGAGACAGUACCAGUGGUGGCCAUGAGCAUGCAGUUGGGUAUGUUACUGGAGAAGAGUAUUAUGGAGCGAAAGCAAGCAUAAAUGUGUGGGCGCCUAAGGUGGCCAGCCAAUAUGAAUUCAGCUUAUCACAAAUGUGGGUCAUUUCUGGCUCAUUUGGUGAUGAUCUCAACACCAUUGAAGCUGGUUGGCAGGUCAGCCCAGAACUAUAUGGAGACAAUUACCCCAGAUUUUUCACUUACUGGACUAGUGACGCGUACCAAGCGACAGGAUGUUACAACCUGUUGUGCUCAGGAUUCGUUCAAACGAAUAACAGGAUAGCCAUCGGAGCUGCAAUAUCUCCAACAUCAGAUUACAAUGGUGGCCAAUUCGACAUUAGUAUAUUAGUAUGGAAGGAUCCGAAGCAUGGAAAUUGGUGGCUGGAAUUCGGAUCCGGGGUUUUAGUCGGCUACUGGCCGUCAUUUUUAUUUACGCAUCUCAGAGACCAUGCAGGCAUGAUACAAUACGGAGGAGAAGUUGUUAACAGUAGAACAUCUGGUUUUCAUACACCCACACAAAUGGGGAGUGGGUAUUUUGCUGGAGAAGGAUUCGGCAAAGCUUCGUAUUUUCGAAAUUUACAGGUCGUCGAUUGGGAUAAUAACUUGGUUCCCUCAUCGAAUCUGCGGGUUUUAGCUGAUAAUCCAAAUUGUUAUGACAUUCAAGGAGGGACUAAUACUGCUUGGGGAACUUAUUUUUACUAUGGAGGGCCUGGUAGAAACUCGAAAUGUCCUUAAAGGAUGUUUCACAUUUUUCAUAUUCUUUUGGUGUUUUUUUAAUUUCUUUUUUUCCCUUUUCAGUGAGCUUGUAUUUUUAUUUUUUUUACAGAUAAGUGGUGAUAGGCUAUUGAUAUACUACAUUUAGGAAUUGUGUAAAUUUAAUGUUAAUUUGAAUAUAUUAUAACUAUGUCAGUCAUCGUCAAGAUA